GUGAUUCCAGUUUCUGCACUAUUGUGCCCCGAAACGGACGUACAUAUCGGCGACGUGUUCAAAAUUCGCGUGAAUGUGCGCAGUUCUCUCGGUGGCGGUUUGAAAUCGAUCGAAGUCAACGCGUGCUUUGGGCGUCGUGAAUUUCGUGAAUUUCGGCUACCGGUGUCUGGAGCUACACUGCAGGAGAGGAGAAAUGAUCCACCGUUGUUAAUCUGAUGCGUUUGCGCUGUUUUUAUGGUGAUUAUCUAAUGAUAAAUCAAUGAGGGUGCGAAAGCGAAGAAAAAGUGUAUCCAUACAGACUAUCUACUCGAGUGUGGUGAAAUGUGCAGCAUGUUGCUAAAAAUGAAGAAAUCCGUGUAAAUAUGUGAAGAUCCAGAACCAAACAGCGCUCUAGAGUAGUGGCAGACACUGCCACAGAACAGAGAAAGUCUGUCCGCGCAAUCGGCUGCGCUGCAGUCGGCAACUUCAACGUCAGCGAGUUUGGAUAGGCGACGAACCUGUACGAUUAGGCCACGCGCAGGUGCCGCAGGUCAGGUGGAAAGAGGAACAUGAGCUUGCGGAACUCGAUUCGGCUGAGUAUUGUAAUUUCCCUGAUACUGCUCGCCACCCGAAAAUGCCACUCUGCAAAUACGGAUGAUUUAUCGGCCCUGUCGGAAAGAGAAGUUGUGGAAGCACUCGUAAGAAAGUGGGCCCCCUUGGUUUGGCUUGCCCCGAACGAAAAGUUUUUACCCGGAUCGGUGGCCACGUUUUUGGAGCACGUGCACGCAGAGGAGGCGAAAAUCGUUACGGUCUACCCCGGUAACGAGAUAUCGGACGUGAGCGAACUGAAUCAGUACCCCUACUACUAUGACAACGAGAACGAGCUGACCUACUACGAUCCGACGGUGCGGCAGGCGCGGAACCGCAACAAGCGUAACUUUCGCGACCCGGCCACUUCGUUGGAUCGACUGUUCGACCUGCCGAUCGGCAACGAGUCCAAAAAUUGGUAUCUCGUCACCAAUAACGACAUCGAGGAGCUGAUGAGCGAUAAGAGUUCGUUCAUACACGGACAAAACCCCCAAAAACAUAAUGUGCCAAUCUAUGCGGUGGUCAGCAUGUGUCGAACGGCACCGUCCUCCAGCAACUUCGUCAGUGCCUCCCUGGAUGGCACCGCCACCGCUUCGUCCACGGUGACCAUGCAACCGCUGCCUCUCUCGUCCACAGUGCCACUGCAGCCGCCGACGACCACCUUUCCGACGCCGCCGGCCGCUAUGCAUCACUUUAGCCACAUCGAAAACGAAGUCGUAUACAAUUCAAUCGACCGCAUCGGUUAUAAACGCCAGCCGCAGUACGUGCCAGUUCACAAGAACAUCUUCGAACUGCAGCCAGAACUGAAGCCAGACAUCAACAAAAUUGAAAAGAGCAUACGCCUGAUACGAAAACGACGACGUCGGCGGGGAAUCUCGAUUAUCGAUCCUCCGAGCGUGCAAACCACUGAGGACAGCACCGACAGCCCCAGCACGGAGGGGCUGUUGUUCGAUCACAGUAUCGAGGGCCGAGCCGAGGACGCAGACGAAGAAGACAACAGCAGCAGCGACAACGAGUCGGAUGAUUGGGAAACGAUCACCGAGCGUCGAGACGACAUCGCCAUUCAGAACGGAGAGGACUCGAACGAGUACCCACAUUUUCAUGUCACCUACUGGAUGUUUUAUCCGUACAGCCAGGGUAAAGUGAUAUGCACGGUCAACCUGGGACCGCUGGGACCAUGGCCGAUUCCCCUCAUAUUCGGCAUGUGUCUGGGAACGAAAAAGGAGUUUGGCAGCCACGUCGGCGACUGGGAGCAUAUGAGUUUGUUCUUUAGAGGAAGGAAAGAACCUGACGAAAUGUAUGUAUCAGCGCACGACGCCGGGGCCUAUUACUCCUACGAACGCUUAACGGGGACUUUCGAGUAUCGCAGCCAAGAAACGCGGAAGGGAAUACUACAGAGGCCAACCUUUCCGAAGACGGUCAUCACUUCGGGAAAUCACCCGGUGCUGUUCGCUGCCGAGGGUUCCCACGGCCUGUGGACCGCUCCCGGGAAGCACAAAUAUGUCCGCGUUCCCCGUUUGUACGACGUGAACGGUUUCGGAACACCGUGGACCACGUGGAAAAGUGUCGAAAUCAUCCACGAAAACGAUUCCAGGGGACGAACAGCACGGAAUCCAAAAUGGUUGAAGUUCAAUGGAAGAUGGGGAAAUCCUAAAAAUCGAUGUCACCCAUUGAAGCGGAUUGGACUGCACAUAUGCGAAUUAACGGACGGCCCAACGGGGAUUCCACGGAAGAAACCCCACUUCAAGUGCAAAAAGCGAUAGAUCCAAGCGUAAAUGAUUCUCUCUGUACCACGCUGAGGAGAACCUAGGCAAAACUAUUUAUUUAAUAUUUUUAAUAAUUUAUUCUGCAAACUUCUACCCAUCACCAGCCAUUCAAUAGCGAAGCCGUCAUUCACUCGAUUACAUUGUGCCGCAUAUCAUUAUUUAUUUAUUACGUUUAGUGCUACUAACAUGCUCAUACAAGUCACCCCUGCGUACUAAUAUUUCAAAGUCUCAGUUACUAUCCUACAGUUUAUCCUUUGAACAAGCUUCGUUUUACCCUAUGUUUCGUUUUUACGUGCCAAACGCUCUUGGAAGUACGGCAAUCCUACAAAACUUCAUUGUGAUUCGAGAAAGUAAUAUGUUCCAUGUAGUAUUCGAUGUAUCGACGUUGUAAAUGUACAUAAAUGUUAUUUUUAUUGUUAUCGAUCCGUAAGAAAAUAAACUACGAAACGAA